AUGGAUCAGUGGCGAGAGAGGGCGGGGUCCGCAGGGACUGGCCUGUCUGAGCCCCAGAAGUCACCAGCCUCCAUCCCGGCCCCCCAGCCCCUGGCCCUGAGCCAGGUGGGGCCUGGAACAGUGAGCAGCGGGUCUGGGCUGCCCCAGCUUCCUGAAGGCAUGGCUGCUCUCACCAUUCCCAUCCGACUGGAUGCCCUCUCCUACCUUCUCCACAGCGCCCUGCUUGGGGCCUACAGCCUGAGGCCCAGCCCCACCCUUUGUCCUUGCCACCCUAAUCCUUGUUGUGCCCGGCCACCAGCCUCGGAUCAGCCAGUGGCCCAGGAUACCCCCAAACAGCACUGGGCCAGAAGCCAGAGCCAGAGGGAAGCUCUUUGGCGGGGGGAGGUGGGGCCCUCAAGGGGCAGAGAGCUGGGAGCCCCUGUGGGCACCGCCAAGCAGAACCGCAGGGUGCGCCCUUCACCCACGCGACCUCUUGUUAAGGACCAGGGGGGUGAGUACCAGCGCCGAAGACCUCCUGCUCCUCCGCCAAAAUCCAAGGAGUGGGAGAGCAGGUACCACCGUGGAAGAGCUGUUGUCGCCUCCACCCUGCCACCGCCAGAGGGGUGGGAGAGAGAAUCCCAGCCCUGCAGGCCCCCUGCCCCUCCCCCACAGCCCACAGAGGACUGUGAUGGCAGGUACCAGCAUCAGCGGGCCUCAGCUCCCCCCACCACCCUGCCUGCUGAGGACUGGGAGAGUGAGUACCGGGGAGUCCAGAGUCUCCAAGAUGCCACCUUGGUCUGCCCUGAGAAUGUGCUCCUGGACCCUGGGAACGAGGAGAGCAGCCCAGAUGCUCAGGCCUCCCAACCCUAA